AGAUGCUCAGGAUCUCCCAGAUGCGUCCCGUUCUAUCUAUUUGCUGACAAAAGGAUGCUAUUGGAGACCGUUUUAAUGCCCUAGAAUUGCCAGCCAUCAUUUAGGAUCAGUUUGGUUGUUGUUUUUGUUUCAUGAUGGCCGCUUGUUACUGUCGGGCCACACGAUCCGUCGUACAGGUUUUUUCACGACAGCGUGGCGUUUGUCCUUUGUGUGCCUGACUGAGACUGGAGACAAUUGUUGAUUGUUCGACCAACACUCCCUGGAGGCUAUCCACAAUACCGGGUAGUGAUGGACUCAAGGAGGUCCCCAGCAUAAUCGCAGACCAAAAAAAGAUCGCAUGGUGUGGAACACAUCAAUUUAGAAGUGGUAUGACUCGAUUGCUCGUGUACGCGGGCGAAGGAGUGCUUCCUUUUGAAUGAGAAAUCGAAAGGGGUUGACAAGUCCGUCGGGUACUAGCUCCGAAAGAGAUGGGCUAGAGUCUUCGUGUCCCUGUAAGGCAGCUUGGUAUAUUACCGUUCCCUAGCUCCGUCUAUUUUGGGGGACGUGUCUGCGCCUUGGUUGCCUUCUCGUGAAGUCUCUAGUCCUUCCAGAAACUGGUCUAACUGGAGAGCACUGACUAAACAUUGCGGGCUGCCAAGUUUGCAGCAACCUAACUAGGCGUCAGGGGAAAGGGCUUUGUUAGUCGUGCCUAUCGACUUAUAAGCCGACCCUUGUCUGCACACAUUUUGGGUGUUUGCUACAGGAGACAUCUGCGGCAUCCUCGUUACUUUACUAUCCACCUUGGUGGGACUACAUUCGCUUUUUUUUCACUUUUUCUUCACUUCCACUUUGGUGGAACUUCAUUCGUUUUUUUUUUCACUUUGUCACUAUUUUGGAGGCUGCCACUCCUCCCAGUCACUCGCUCAAGCCAUCAUUCAUUCUCUCUCUCUUUUUUUUUUAAACAAAAAAAGAAAAUGCGCACCUUUUUUGCAGCCACCUUUGUGCUGCUCGCGCUGACCGGCUCCGGCCUGGGUCUCAGCGUUAGCAACGAUGCGACCUGCGGCGGAAACACGGGCAACACGUGCCUCGGGUCCGUUUUCGGCAACUGCUGUUCGCAGUACGGGUAUUGUGGUAGCACCACGGACCACUGCAGUGGCGGUUGUCAAGCCGGUUUCGGAUCCUGCUCUUCUGGUGGUGGCGGCGGUGGUAGCCAGCCCGCCCCUGUGCUGAAGGCCAGUUCUGAUGGCACUUGCGGAGGCAGCACCGGCUCUACCUGCGCCGGUACUCCUUUCGGCACCUGCUGCUCUCAGUACGGAUAUUGUGGAAGCACUGAUGCCCACUGCACUGGAGGCUGUCAGUCGGGUUUCGGCUCCUGCUCCUCUGGCGGUGGCGGUAGCCAGCCUCCUCCACCUGCCCUGAAAACCUCGCCUGAUGGAACUUGCGGUGGAAACACUGGCUCUACCUGUGCAGGGUCGGUUUUUGGCAACUGCUGCAGCUCGAGUGGUUGGUGUGGAAAUGGCGACGCCUAUUGUGGCCAGGGCUGCCAAGCUGGAUUCGGCAACUGCGGUUCUAGCCAGCCGUCUGGUACCGCGACCGGAAGCCAACCGUCUGGCACUGCAACUGGCCAGCCGUCUGGGACUUCUAUUCCUACUGGCACUUCCACGCCCACACCAACUUCGACUCCCACUAGCCAGCUUGCCGCUUGUCUCUCUGCAGCAAACGUGCCUGCCAUCUUCCCAGGCUCUUCCGAUUACAACACCCUCUCCAAGCCGUACAAUGUUCGCCUUCCUUUCAAGCCGGCAGUCAUCGUCCUCGCCACAACGGUCCAGCAUGUUCAGAAUGCAGUCAAGUGUGCCAGCAAUGCCAUGAUCAAGGUCCAGGCCAGGAGCGGUGGUCAUUCGUAUGCCGCCUUUGGUCUCGGUGGUCAGGAUGGAUCAAUGAUGGUGGAUCUACAGGGAAUGCAGUCCAUCUCCAUCGAUUCCAAGAACGUUGCCAAGGUCGGCGGAGGCGUGAGGCUGGGAAAUCUGGCCAACACGCUGUACAACCAGGGCAAGCGUGCUGUGUCCCACGGUACCUGCCCUGGAGUCGGAAUCGGUGGUCAUUUUACUCACGGCGGCUUUGGCUACAGCUCGCGGGCGUGGGGUCUCGCUCUGGAUCACAUCACACAGCUCGAGGUUGUCACCGCGGACGGCAAGGUUGUCAUGGCCAGUGCGACACAGAACACUGACCUCUUUUACGCCAUGCGUGGCGCCGGCGAGUCGUUUGGUAUCGUGACGACCUUUUAUCUCAGGACCGAGGCUGCGCCUACAGCCGUCGUGAACUGGUCGUUUGGUUUUGCGAACCAGUUCGACACUCCGUCGGUCGGCGCCAAGACCAUGCUGCGCAUCCAAAGCUUUGCCCGCAACGCCUCGGUCAUCGACCGCAAAAUCGGAAUGGGAGUCUACCUGGACGGCGAGACCUUUAGCUUCAGCGGCACCUACUUUGGUAGCCUUUCCGACUUUAACACCAAGAUCAAGCCCGAGCUCCUCCGCGGAAUGCCCACUCCCGCCUCGCAGAGCAUCAAGUCGGUUGGCUGGAUCGAGAGCCUUACAAUGCUGGCGGGCAAGAGCACCAUCGUCGAGUCGACACAGACCGGCAGCUACGACGAGCACGACAACUUCCUGGCCAAGUCGCUCGUCGUUCCCGAGUCGUCGCCUAUUACAUCCGAGGCUAUGAACUCGUACUUUCAGACCAUCAAGGACAAGUCCGCCGCGGCAGGGUCGUCGUGGUUCUCAAUCUUCAACCUGUACGGCGGACCCGACUCGCAGAUCAACUCCGUGUCGGCCGCCAGCUCGUCCUACUCUGACCGGACCUCGCUGUGGGUCAUCCAAAACUACGGCUUCACCAGCCUCGACACGAGUCCGUUCCCCCUUAACACGGUGCAGACGUACCUGUCGGCGCUCAACUCGGCCCUGCAGCUUAGGAGCACUGCUGGGUUCGGGGCGUACCUCAACUACGUCGACCCCACGCUCUCGGCUACUCAGGCUCACGAUCUCUACUACGGGAAGACGACGUACGCCAAGCUCCAGUCGAUCAAGAGGGUUAUGGACCCCAACCAGUUGUUCUGGAACCCCCAGGCCAUUACUGUUUGAGGGGAAAUAGGGGGGUGGAGGGAUUCCCAUCGAUGGGCUGGAAUCUGGAGUGAUAUUGCUUUGCGAUGCGAAAACUUAAUGAAUGGGGAUAACCUAGACAGAACUCUUCGGAGUGUCUGCAUAAAUGAAAUUAAUAAAUGCUAGAUAUUUGGCAAAUCCACAUGCAUCCUGCUCUCUGAGCCUUUGUGCACGCCUGCCAACGAUGUCCCAAACGUC